AACAAUUCGGAGUUUCCACCAAGCGAUCCGGGUCUUUUGCUUUCUUCAUCGUCGAAAGAGAGGGGAAAUCUCGAGCUAGGGUUAGGGUUUCGGGGAGCUCGGAGAGGGCGGCCAUGGCGAUGAGAGCGUUCUAUAACGAGAUCAAGGGGAUGAAGGUGAGGGAACUCCCGGGCUACCUGAAGCCGAAGCUCACGUGGGAGCACAUCAAGAAGACGACCGACCAGGCCGUGGACCGCUACAUCGAGAAGUACAUCGAGACCAGCUCCGUCGAGCCUCUUUUCCACGUCUGCAUCGGUGGCAUGAUCUUCUCGUACCUCGUCGCCCUCCCCGAGGAGCGCCGCCACCUCGAGCACCAGCAGAAGCACGCCGCAGGCGGCCAUUGAUUUCUGAUAUUAUCUUCCCAGGGUUGGAGAUCUUUUCUGUGGUUGGUUGGGGAUGGAUAUCUUAUGCGCGGUCUUCCCCAGACGGUCAUCAAAACUCUGCUUUUUUGGUGUUUUAUUCUCAUGGACUGCACAAAUAAAUGGAGUUUACUGUGGAUUGUGAUUUUCUUUCCAGUUUCUAAUUGAUCAAUUGCGAUCUUUUCAAUUUCUACUGGAUGCCUUCCUAAAAUGCCCAGCGCAAACAUUUUAUGAUUAAUGAUUUGCGCGGCAGCACAUUGCACUAUUAUAAAUGCUCAUUCUGAUUGGUCGCUGUUCUUCCAA